CCAUAAUUAUUUCACUAGUGGAUAAUGGAUGCUAUUUGCGCUCUUGUGGGUAGCAUUGCUGAGUAUUUUACGAACAUCUGGGAGUACUUCUUCGGACCAACGACAAGUGCCAUCGCAGAUCAGACGCCAGGUGCAAAACUAACGCCAGAAGAAGCCAUGGCCAAGGCAGCGAAAAAACCUGCAAAGGAUGCCCCUGCCGGCGCGAAGAAAGCCGUCCCCGCUGCUAAGAAAGCCGCCGCCGCUGCUAAGAAAGGCGGCGCCGCUGCCAAGGCUCCUGCUAGGGCCGCAGCUAAGGCUCCUGCUAAAGCCGCAGCUCAGAAGGCUCCUGCUAAAGCCGCAGCUCAGAAGGCUCCUGCUAAAGCCGCAGCUAAGGCUCCGGCUAAAGCCGCAACUAAGGCUCCUGCUAAAGCCGCAGCUAAGGCUCCAGCUAAAGCCGCAACUACGGCUCCGGCUACAUCCGCAACUACGGCUCCGGCUAAAGGCGCUACUAUGAAGGCCCCAGCUGAUGCAAUUUUCCAGGAUGACCAGGUUGUGGCGGAAAACAAGAAGGCUCCCGAAGCUCCGGUACAUUUCAUUGUCUGGCCGAAGAGAGUGAUCACUAGGUUGGGUGACGUCACGGAAGCUGAUGAGCCGCUGCUGGGACACAUGAUGAAUGUCGCACGGCAGAUCGCUCAGAGCCGGGGAAUCCACGUGAAAGGCUAUCGCAUCUUCAUCAACCACGGCAAACCUGGCGGACAGACCGAUAGGCUGCACGUCGAAAUUCUCGGCGGCAAAGUGAUUGCAGGAGUUCCAAAGUGCUAAAUCUUUUUUAGAACUUUAUGUGUAUCCCACAAUCUGUCGAACCCUGCACUUGUGUCUAUGAGAGUGUGGCAAUCAGGGAGUCGUAAAAUACCGGUA